AUGUUGUCAACAUCGUUAGUCCGGGCGGCAUGGACGCCCAUGCCGCUUCCCGGGAUAACUCGCUCCUGUCAAAAUCUUACCAGCAGCUUGCUCGGCGCAACCCGACCUCUGCACCAACGCCGGUAUUCCUCAUCCUCCAAACCGCCCGUCCCGCCCAGCGAUGGCUCCCGACGAAUGGACACCUCUGCCCCGGCAAAGGGAGUCAACUCGUCUAACGAGAAAAGUAAGGCUAACCGCCGUCGGGGGAAGGACAGCUCUACCCGAAAUGGAUCUUCAAAGUCUAGCCAGCAUGCGGCAUUUUCCAACCUCCCGAGUGUUCCCUCAACACAGCACCGACAGCCACAUGAUGUCCAUGUAGCAUCGUUCUUCUCCAUCCACCGGCCAAUCUCGGUGACAACUACUGUGCCCCCCACCUCGACCACCGAUGCCUUCGAAGCGAUCUUCUCGUCAAAGCGGCCAUUGAAGAACGAGCCGGAGGAUGUCAUCUUCACUCUGUCCUCGGCCGUGCAGUCGAUGGAAACUGGCUCUCAGGGCAUGUCAGAGUCCGAAGACCAGUUCCGAAGCUUCACCGAACAAGACGGCGAACUCCGCAUGCUGGAUGGCCCCGAUGCAAAGAUGUCCGUGGAGGAAUUCACCCGUCGUCUUCGCCCAUUCCAGCCUCCUCCCCCACCCGUCCCCAUGGACACAUCUGCUGCCGAGACUGCCGAAUUCACCGAUUCUCAGAUGGAUAACGAGUACCAAACCUACUCGACCGUCCUGACUAUCCGCGAGGCUCGCCACGCUGAUGGCCGCAAGACCUACGAGGCGCAUACAGGACCUUUCGUUCGCGGCGGAGAGAUGGAGGACCCAUCUAACAUGCACGACGAGAUCUCAAUUGAGGCGCCCUCUGAUUCUACCGCAGGUAUGACAUACAUGGAGCGUCUACGCAACAACCACACCAUGCAUGCCAUCAGCACUAUGAGACGGCGCAAGGCCAAGAUGAAGAAGCACAAGUUCAAGAAGCUGAUGAAGAGAACGCGUACCCUGAGACGGAAACUUGAUAAGUAG